ACCCAACGCAUCCCUUCAUCUUAAGCCCCACAGCCCAAAAGCCACUCUCCUUUUCCUCCUCUCUGCUUUCCUCUCUCUCUCUCUCUCUCUCACUUCCUUCAUUUCCGCCAUGGCCACAGAGCUCGAUUACACAAGUUUGAUCUUCGUUCUCUUCUCCAAAUGCAGUGUCCUAACCCAAACCCACGUCGCUUUCUCUCUCCUCAUUGCCGUCGCCGCCUCUUUCGCCGUCUCUCUGUUCUACUGGGCCCACCCCGGAGGUCCCGCGUGGGGAAAAUACGGCCGAGUCCGUGGCCGAGCCAUGAUCCCUGGCCCACGAGGCAUCCCUCUAGUCGGUAGCAUGUCCCUCAUGACGAGCACCAUCGCGCACCGCCGCAUCGCCGCGGCGGCGGAGCGGUUCGAGGCUAAGCGGCUCAUGGCCUUCAGCUUAGGUGACACUCGCGUGAUCGUCACGUGCGAUCCGGAUGUGGCCAAGGAGAUAUUGAACAGCCCGGUUUUCGCGGACCGGCCGGUUAAGGAAUCAGCGUACUCUCUUAUGUUUAACCGGGCGAUCGGGUUCGCUCCUCACGGCGUGUACUGGAGAACCCUGCGUCGGAUUGCGUCGAACCAUCUGUUCAGCCCGAAACAGAUCAGACGCGCCGAGACGCAGCGGCGCGUGAUCGCGGCCCAGAUGGUGGAGUCGCUGGCCGAGAAACAGAGAAAAGGACUCUGUUUCGUGCGUGAGCUGCUCAAAACGGCGUCGCUUAACAACAUGAUGUGUUCUGUGUUCGGGAAAGAGUACGGAUUGAACCGGGAGGACGGCGAAGUGGAAGAGCUUCGUGGGUUGGUGGAAGAAGGGUACGACCUCCUCGGAACGCUGAACUGGACCGACCACCUUCCAUGGUUGUCGGAGCUUGAUCCUCAGAGAAUCCGGUCCAGAUGCUCAAGCCUCGUCCCGAAGGUGAACCGGUUCGUAUCCAGGAUCAUCUCCGAACACCGUGAGCAAACCCUUGACUCUCCUCACGAUUUCGUCGACGUUCUCCUCUCCCUCCACGGCCCGGAUAAGUUAUCCGACCUGGACAUCAUCGCCGUUCUCUGGGAAAUGAUAUUCAGAGGAACUGACACGGUGGCGGUGCUGAUCGAGUGGAUCCUCGCUAGAAUGGUCCUUUACCCAGUUAUUCAAUCAACGGUCCAGAAGGAGCUUGAUCGAGUCGUCGGAAGAUCAAGGCCCGUCGAGGAAUCCGACGUGGCGUCUCUGGUCUAUCUGACGGCUGUAGUGAAGGAAGUCCUGAGGCUUCACCCGCCGGGUCCACUCCUAUCGUGGGCCCGGUUGGCCAUUACAGACACGACCGUAGAUGGGUAUCAUGUCCCGGCGGGGACCACAGCGAUGGUGAACAUGUGGGCCAUAGCACGUGAUCCGCACGUGUGGGAAGAUCCCCUCCGGUUCAAACCCGAGCGGUUCGUGGCCAAGGAGGGUGAGGUGGAGUUCUCGGUUCUCGGGUCGGAUCUCAGGCUCGCGCCAUUCGGGUCGGGUCGUCGGAUCUGCCCGGGGAGGAAUCUGGGUCUGACCACUGUUAUUUUUUGGACCGCAACCCUUUUGCACGAGUUUGAAUGGGGACCGUCCGAUGAGAAUACCGUUGACCUGUCCGAGAAGCUGAGGCUCUCAUCUGAGAUGGCUACUCCUCUCUCUCCUAAACUGCGCCUCAGGCGCAGCUUAAGCGUUUGAAAUAAAUAUGACAAGUAUCUAUGGACAUAACAAACACACACACACACACACGUAUCAGAUUUUAUGAGAAUCCCGAGUCUUAGAUAUUAAGCUCCGACAACGUGGGAAACAAUCUACCGUCCGACCAUUCCAUGAAAAUUAUAUUUAUAUAUCUUUGAUCCGUUUGUUUGUUUGUUUAUUUAUUUACUACACUCGGACUCUGAUUUUAUUUUAUGUGACACAU